GCGACUUCUUGCGCGAUAUUUCACGUCCUAUCAUCGCACUCGAAUCAUGACAGAUCCACUAGGGGAUAAGCGGAGGCGAAAGUUUCUUUAAUUUGGGCCGGCCGCUCGCUUUCCGCCUGUCGUCGAUUCCCUCGCAUUAUGGCAGCCAACGACCCCGGCCUUGCGGCACUGAGCGCGCCCGCCGAAGACCCUGUGAAGGGCGCCGUGGAAGUUCCCAUCGACACCGAGAUUCCUGUCGCGCCGGACCAGUUCGAUCCUAAGUUCGAAACAACGCGGAAAGAGAUCUGGGCGUACUACGCGUACUACGUCGGCGACAAUGGACUCACGCUGUUCAACUUCGGGCCCACGGCGUUCCAGAACUUGAUGUACCAGGCCGCUGGGGAUUCUGAGGUCCUCAACUUCAUGGGCAGAGACAGGUCCAUCAACAGUAUCGUGCUCCUCUGCAAUGGCAUCAGUUUCGCUAUCCAAAUCGUGGUUUUUCUCGUCCUGGGCUCCUUCGCGGAUUUUGGCACGUGGCGACCCAACAUCUUGAUCGUGCUCUCCGUGAUUGCCUGUGGUAUUGGCUUCGGCUGGCUGGGGGUGCACACAGAGGAAGACUGGCACAUCGGCGUGGGACUGUACAUUGUGGGUUUGAUUGCCUAUCAAACGACCAUCACCUUCUGGACCGCGGCUUUUCCAGGACUCGCGCGGAACACCAAAGAUCUCCGGAUUAAGGCCGAGGAAUUUGCUGACGGACGGAUCACUCGCGCGGAAUACGACUUUGCUGACAUGAUGAAGAGGAACGAGCUGUCCAACACCGCCUUCUACGUGCAGUCGGUCUGCGAGAUCGGCAUCCUGGCUGUGAUUGUGGGCAUCAUGUUCGGUCUGCGUGUCAACGACAGCGAGGAAAACAACAACUGGGGCCUGUCCGUUCUUAUCGCCUUCGCCACCGGCGUAUGGAUCCUCUGUGCCGUCCCGUGGUUCGUCCUGGAAAAGCGACGCCCUGGCCAGGACCCGGGACGGACCAACAUCAUCGUGGCCGGUUUCAAGCAGCUGGGGUACGCGAUGAGCCAGAUCUGGCAGCUGCGUCAGAGUCUGGCAUAUCUUGUUGGCUACUUCCUGCUCGGCGACAGCCUCAACACUACUGUAACAGUCAUCGGCACGCUGCAGAACGAGAUUGUGGCCUACAACAGCUUGCAGCUCACGUAUCUCCUCAUCGUCGGCAUCGCUGCGCAGGCUGUCGGUAUUGGCGCGUUCUGGCAGAUUCAGAAGCGCUAUGGCUUGUCCACGAAGACGAUGUUCAUGGUGGUCGCUGUCUGCAUCGUGUUGCUUGACGGGUGGGGCAUGAUUGGCAUCUGGACACAGUCAUUUGGAUUCCACAAGACGUGGGAGGUAUGGAUGUACCAGGCGUUCUACGGUCUGCUCGUUUGCCCGUGGUACAGCUACUCGCAGACCAUGAUCAGUGAAGUCACGCCACGUGGCAAGGAGUUUCUGUUCUUCAGCCUGUUUUCGAUCGUUGGCAAGACCAGCGCAUUCAUCGGCCCCCUGGUCAGCAGUGCUAUCAUUGAUGACACUGGCAACAACAGCAGCCCAUUUUACUUCCUUUUUGCGCUGAGUUUGGUUAGCUGCGCGUGGCUCUUUUACUUUGUUGAUGUCGCGAAGAGCAGGGUUGAGCAGCAGGACUUCCUGGAGAAGGAGAAGAGCGGUCGAUCAGAAGUGGUCAGAGUUUAGUCAUUGAUUAACACACGAAUAUCGAUUAUAAAGUCAGGUGUGAGGAAAGCGGCUCCUUGAAAGACUCCUGGUCUGGCCCCUCACUUGCAACACUUGUAUCCUCCUCCGAAGUUUCGCCCCC